GUAAUUCAAUCAAUUUUCCCAUCAUCAAAUUUUCCCAGUGCAGUGUCUUGAUUUCCCGUGGAUCGGAAACGGAUGAUGAUUAAUCAAUUAAAUUAUUUCAAACAAGUUGUCAAUACUCUGAGGAUGGGAUUGACUCCCUUUACCGUUGCAAAUUGCGUUACAGUGGGGUCACCGGUAAGAUUUCAGUCUCGCCAUUUUGGCCCUUUUGUCUCCAACAGUCAGCUCAGGAGAUUAUACUCCAUAAAAUCACUACUGCAGCCGCACAAUCAAACUAGACUUGUGAUGCAAAACGAAAUUCAAAACAAACCCAGAAUUCUUGGCCUCCAUGGCUUCAGGACCAGUGCUUUGAUCUUCAAAAAUUUGAUAGCUAGAUGGCCUGAUACUGUGCUAAAAAAACUCGACAUUCAGUUCCUUGAUGGCCCAUUUCCUGCCCAAGGUAAAUCUGAGGUUGAAGGCUUUUUUGAUCCUCCUUACUAUGAAUGGUACCAGGCAAAUCAGGAUUUCACAGAGUAUAGGAAUUUUGAUGAAUGUGUUGCUUAUAUAGAAGAGUAUAUGAUAAAUCAUGGUCCUUUUGACGGUUUGCUUGGUUUUUCCCAGGGAGCAAUGAUAUCAGCUUCUGUGCCUGGCAUGCAAGCACAGGGCGUAGCUUUUACAAGGAUACCCAAGAUAAAGUUUCUCAUCAUGAUUUCUGGGGCUAAGUUUGGAGGGUAUAAGUUUGGCCAACCUAAGCUUGGUGCUAAUGCAUUUUCAUCUCCCAUUGACUGCCCUUCUCUCCACAUUUUAGGGGAGAAGGACUUUUUGAAGCCAGGAGGAAUUGAUCUACUGAAGUCAUUUGUUAACCCUGUUGUGAUUCAUCAUCCCAAGGGGCACAUCAUACCAAGACUUGAUGAUAUCAGCCAAAAUACAAUGCUUAGCUUCAUUGAACAGAUUCAAAAGAUGCCUUCACAUGACUGAUGAUGGAUCUGCUUGGAUGUGAGGCCUGCUUCUUUUACACUAUUGAAUGUUGAUAAAUUAUUCAAUACUAUGGUUGUUGUAUGUAUAACAAGUUAGAAAUUAACUGUUGAUCAUAGUGAGAUCUAAACAGAGCUCACCAUAAAUAAUGAUUAUAAUAAGAUCGUUGUACAUACAACAAUUAAAUGUUCGCCAAUAAAAAAUUUAAAUUAUUUCUCUUUUAUUUCAA